AUGCAGAUCCUCCGCCUCGUCAUCGUCGCCGUCGCCGCCUUCGCUGUCCAAGGUACGCAGGCCGGUUCGAGCCAAUACUCGGUCGAGCAGCAGUCGCCCAAGCAGAGCUCGACGAGCAAGGGCUCCUCCAUCUCCACGGGCUCCGCGCCGGGCCUCGCUGCCGGCACCACGGGCGGCGGCAAUGUCGCCCCCGUGUACCCGGCGUCGCUUGACGACCUGAGGAACUACCUCAAGGACUCGCAGCCGCGCGUCAUCGUCCUCACCAAGACCUUCGACUUCCGCGGCUCGGAGGGCACGCGCACCGAGACGGGCUGCCGCCCCAAGAGCAACCGCGACUGCCUCGCCAAGAACAACGGCUACAAGGGUCAGGACGUCAUCCUGCAGAGCGGUGGCAUGGCCAACACGGGCGGCUGCGUGGAAGGCACGCAGGUCAAGAUCACGUACGACCUGGCGGCCAGCAAGAACCCGCUCGUGGUCUCGAGCAACAAGACGCUGCGCGGCCUCGGCACGAGCGGUGUCAUCAAGGGCAAGGGUCUGUGGCUCAACGGCAACAACAUCAUCAUCCAGAACAUCCACAUCACGCAGCUCAACCCGCACCUGAUCUGGGGCGGCGACGCCAUCUACAUCCAGGGCCUCAACGGCGGCAAGACGCCCAUGGAGCGCAUCUGGCUCGACCACGUCAAGAUCUCCAACCUCGGCCGUCAGAUGGUCGCCACGGGCACGGCCAGUGUCAAGAGCAUGACCAUCAGCAACUCCGAGUUCGACGGCCGCACGCAGUACUCGGCCACGUGCGACGGCAACCACUACUGGACCUUCCUCUUCCUGGGCACGCAGACGCAGGUGACGCUCGUCAACAACUACGUGCACAACACGUCGGGCCGCUCGCCCAAGGUCGGCGGCAACUCCAUCGUCCACGCCGUGAACAACUACUGGUCCAACAACACGGGCUUCUCGUACGACGUCGUCGACAACGGCAACGUGCUGCUGGAGGGUAACUACUUCGAGAACACGGCCAUCCCGAACAAGCACGACGCCGAGACCGUGGGCGCCAUCAUCGUGCCGUCUUCGAACUCGCAGUCGUCCUGCAAGUCCGCGCUGGGCCGCAGCUGCGUCGAGAACGCGCUGUCCAAGUGCGGGUCGCUGACGGGCAACCGCGAGUCGGCGGCGCUGUCCAACUCGAAGAAGGUGGCCAGCUACUACAAGCCCACGUCUGCGAAGAAGUUCGGCUCGACCAGCCAGAACUUCGGCGUGGGCCCGAUCUAA